AUGUCCGCAGGUGGUGUGCGGUUAGCCAGAGAAUUUUGCAUUGACAAAGGCCAUUCAUUCACAGAUCAGCUGGAGAAGAUCCAGUGUGUACUACAAGAUCUAGGAUCAAAUAUUGCCACUCCCCUGUCGUCAGCUAGAGACAGUCACAUCAAGAAUAAUAUGUUUAGCUCCCACCCUGUGAUUGAACAGGGGAGGUGGAUUGAUUUCUUUACAGAGCAGCUACCUCCACUCACAAAAUUCAUACUACCUUCAGGAGGAAAAAGCAGUGCAGCUUUACAUGUGGCCAGAGCAGUGUGUCGACGGGCAGAACGUUGUGUUACCCCUGUUGUCUGUUCAGGUGAAGCAGACCCAGAAGUUGGCAAAUAUCUGAACAGACUGAGUGACUACCUGUUCACAGUGGCCAGAUAUGCUGCAAUGAAAGAGGGCAAUGCAGAAACAAUCUACAAAAGACCUGAGAAUUUCUGUGCCUCAUCUAGAAUUUGA